AUGACUUCUCGACAUUCAUUACGAAAAGUGUUGACAAUGGUAAAGACUAAUAGUAACAGAAAACGAGAUCGAAAUUCUGUAAUUAGUAGCGAUUCAUUGCCGCUGCCUCAGUCAUCGUUCGAACGUUUAAGAAAAACAGAAAAAGAAUUAUUUAAAUCUUUAAGUUAUCUGGAACAAGUUUUAAUACAUAAUAAAUUGGAAAUAUUGAGUAGCAUUACUACAUCAUUAAUUGAGAAUGUACUCGAUUUUGAUAGUGUUUUAAAGGGAAUAUUUGAACAUGAAACAGAAUCUUACAGAUUAUCAAUACUGACUGAUGUUUAUUCAUCACUUGCGGAUUUAAUCAAUUGGGCAGAUAAAGUGUUAUUAAAUAGUCUCAAAAUAAUUGAUAAAGCAUAUAAAAAAAUUAUUUAUGAUUUUAAACAAGCUGUAAAGAACGCCAUAUCCAUUGCCUGUGAGAAUUCGUCGACACAUAGUGCUGAUUCACGUUCUGAUUCAUUUCAUAGUUUCAGAUCAAUAAACAGUUCUGAUGAUGAUUUAGUACCAACGUUGCCACCAAAACGUCGAGUACGUCCCGUUAGUUGUUCGAGUGUCAUAACAACUCCAUCGACUACAUCUAAUAAAAAUUUAACAUCUCAAAAUACAAAUGGACAUAAAUCGAAUGUAAAUUCUUUAAUGUCAGACACAUUAUCAUCGAAUCAAGCAUUAAUUGAACAACAAACCACAAGUUUAAGUCCUGUUCGAGAACAUAAUGCAAUUGACGGUGAAUCAUUAUCUUUCGAAGAUGAUCAACGUAUACAAUUGAUUGUGAAUGAUAUUAAUGAUAUUGUCGAAAAAUAUACGAAAGAAUUGGACGAUGCAUUACGUCAAACCACGACAACGGUAAAUACCGAUAUUUUUUCUUUCACCCAUAAAUCUCGUUCAUCAUCAUUCGAUAAUAUUGUUAAUUCAUUGACAAAUGAACAGUCAGAUAAAGUUGUGGCAACAAUCACUCCAUUAUGGUCAUCAUUAUCGCAUCGUCAUGAUAGUACUGAUGCAUUAUCCACAGACAUUGAUCCAUUAGCCAAAUGUGAAACGCGUAUAUCAAAAAUGAGUAAAAAAACAACAUUAACAACAACAAUGAACGGAAAAUCUUUACAUGAUAAAAAAGAAUCAUGUCAAGUUUACAAUGAAAUGGAAUAUGUGUUAAAAUCUGAUAAAGGUAAUUAUUUGGCAAAUCAACGAAGUUUAUUUACAAGAAAUGAUAAAAUACAACAACCAUCCAGUGAAUUUGAAAAUCAACAAACAAUACAAACAAACAAAACAGAACUCAUAGAGACCAUGCAACUAAAUAACAAUAAUUCAGUAACAAUUGAAAACCAACGAAAAACAAAUGCUAUUAUCAAAAGUGAAUCGUCUCAUUUAAAAACACCGGAAACAGUGACAGUACUUGACGGAUUUUGUGAAGGUUAUAAAAAAAUUGAUUCAGAAUCAACUACAUCGGCAGCAAAUGGAAAUAAGACACCACCAUUACCACCAAAACGGAAAACAGCACGAGCGUACAUGUCACUAUUUGAUCGAUACGAUGAAAAUCAAGCACAAGCAUUUUUACGGGAUGAAUUUUUCUUAAAUCAACCACCACAACGACGAUUUGAGGAUUUAUUUGAACAAUUGCAUGAGCGUUUUCGUGAAAUGCAUAUAUUUUCAUCAGAUGAAUCAUUGAAAAAUUCUAUACAAAAAGAAGAAGGACAACAACAACAAAUUCCGUCUAGUUUAACUCAUUUGUCUAAUGGACUUUCAAAAAAAAAUAUAAAACAAUCGAAUGGAAAUCGAGACGAUGUCCAAAAGAGCCUGAAUGAAAACGAUAAUAUCACAGACAAUGCAAAUCAAGCGGAUAUGGAAUUAUUCUUAGAAGAUGUAUUGCAUUUACUCGUUUUUAAUCAAAAAGAAGAUCCAUCAUUACGUGGUGGUACUAUUGAUGCGUUGAUUAUUCGAGCUACAUCCCCAGAUAAAAAAGGUUCGUAUCAAAACGAAGUUUCAAAAAUACGCCGAAAAUUGACAAUCUCUCGUUUUCAACCAGGUAUUCAAGAAACAAACGGAAAAUAUGAUCGAAGUAUUGAUUUUACAGCUGGAUAG